CCAUUAGUAUUUUUCUGUAGUGCUUAUGAAACUGAAAACACUGAUAGUAGUUUUUCUGUGAAUAAUUGCCAUUUUUGUGAUUUAAUUGUUUAUAAACAUGUUGAAUGAUAGAAAUACUUGAUAAGAUGAUAUCUCUUUACUCAUUUGAAUACUUUUCAUUUAGCUGAGAGUUACCCUAUUAGUGAGUCAGUUCUUUUAGUUUAGUGUAGAAUAAAUUAGGCUUGGAGGCAAAAUGCCACUUCUCUCCUCCUGUAAUUACUCAACUCCUACUUGAGACAGAGUUGACAUUGUAUACAGUUGUUCACUUUUCAUUAUGGAGGAGGGGCGAGAGUGCGGGCGCCUAGACCGGAGGAAUUCUAUCUCCUUGCCAGCUGGGCUGGACUCCAUGGAGCCAAUAGAGUAUACACCUCAGUUGACACCUGAACGAGUCCGGCAUGCAGACGGAUAUGAAACAAGUGAUACAUUCAGCGAUGGGGGCAUCUCCGAGGGUGACAGCAGCGCUCCUGAAUCCGAAUCGGCAAAGAUGCCCCUGCCCAACAGAGUGCGGAAGAAGUCCGUGAUGCCCUCUUCGCACAUGAUGUCCAAGAUCGAAGUGGACCAGGACAACAGGAGCGACACCACUGAACUCACCGAUCCUUCCCCAGGCAACUCCAUCACCUCCGUCAACUCAAUAUCCAGCCUUCUUAAGGAGAAGCUCAUGAUGACUCUUCCAAAGGCUUUAAAGAGAAGAAAGAAACCGAAAGAAUAUAAGCUACGAGGUUUUGUAGCCAUGCUAUUUUUAUCUAUCGUCUUUCUAGUCGGUUUUGCUCAUGUGUAUUAUCACCAACAGGUGUUACAGAGGGCUUAUUUUGACAAAAUUAGAUUCAAUAAGGAAGAGAGAAUACUGCGAUUAUACAACAGUGAAGGUGUGGAAAUAGCUUUGGGGUAUCUGGGUGUCGAACUUCCAUCAACUGACAGAGUUUAUCAUUGUUUGGAGCAAGAUCAAGAAGACGGUAAAGUAUGUCUUGAAUGGAUGCACCGAGCUAGAUUAUAUCUUAGUUAUAAAGAAGAGAAAUCAAAAGGAAAGGAACAAGGUUUCAGAUGCUACACUCUAACAUGGGAAAGCCUUAGCACUGAUACUAGAUUAGUAGACUGCUUUGAAAAUGGACAGUUCCAUGGUCAUUGGUAUGGAGGAGGAAGAACUCUUGGUAUGGCGUGGCCUGUUGAGUUAGGAAAAGUUGAAAUGGCCCCAUUCGUUACUGGCUAUAUUGGAACACAUAGAUGGGGAAGUGUUCUAAAAAGAUAUUUUAUCAACUCAAGAGGUGUUGCAAUUUCUAUCGACCCACAGACUCCUUUAUAUGUGUCAAUAAAUGCAGAAGAGAAAACUCGUUUAUGCUUAGAAGCUCGUCAUGAUGAUUUCGCCUAUGUCACACAUAAAGGCUUACCCAAAUUAAACUAUUCAGUUUGUACCUCGAGCAACAUGAAACUAUUACAUUCGUUUCUUUCUGAAAAAUCUCUUUGGGAUGGAGCCAAGCAAUCGGAUUUGGAAGUUAUUAAUAAAUUAGUCGAAGAACCAGUUUGGCAAAUAGCACCUGCUGAUACAAAAUCUCUCACUGAAACAGCAAUUCUUAAUUACACUGAAGAUGUUAUCAGUCUUGGAUUUCUUCGACAAGGGCAUGUUCUUAUCAACGAAAAAUGGCAGAAUCAUGUAGGAGAUUUGACGAUGGACCCUAAAAGGUUUCCUACAAUGAAUGAAACAAUUGACAUAAUACACAGACGAGGUUUUAAAAUAGCCCUCACUGUCCAACCCUUUGUUGCAACAGAAAGUGCUAAUUUUGCAGCUGCUGUACAACAAGGCCUGCUGAUAAAUGAAAGGGGAGGUGAAUUUAGAAAAGUUCCUGCUCUUACGUCAUAUAAAUCAGCCCCAAGUGCCGGAAUGUUUGAUAUAACAAACAACAACACUUUUCCUUGGAUUCAUGAAAAACUGAGAUUCUUGAAUAAGUCAUACCAGAUUGAUGCUUUUUAUCUGGAUAUGGGAACGGCUUACGAUAUGCCUCAGUAUUAUCAGCUACAGCAGAACCUGACUAAUCCAGACCAUUACAAAACAAUUUUCACCAAUAAACUUCAUGGGGUAUGGCGUGUUAUUGGCGUCUCUGGAGCUAUAGCAAGACCUCCUGCUCCCAUAUUUGUCUCCUUGCCUACUUUACCUUCAACAUGGGAAUCUCUUCAGCUUAUCAUACCAACAAUACUCACUUACGGUAUUGUGGGAUAUCCUUUUUUAAUGCCAGGUCCUGUUGGAGGUGAUUAUUUACCAGAAGAACCUGUGCAAACAAAAGCUACCACUGUUACAAUGGAUGGACUGGGUAUUGGAGACUUGAGGAUAACAGAUGAAUCUAAACUUCCAGAUAAGGAAUUAUACAUGAGGUGGCUUCAGCUGGCUACAUUUUUACCAGUGAUCAGAUAUUCACAUUUACCUAGUGAAUACAAAACUGAUGAGACUAUUUUAGAACAAGCAAAAAUAUUAACAACUCUCAGAAUAGAAACAGUGAAUCCUAUAUUGACUAAGUAUACUAGAGAAGCAUUAGAUUCAGGCGUGCCUUUGAUACGACCUCUCUGGAUGUUGGAUCCUUCUGAUUCUGCUUGCCAUGUAGUUGUUGAUGAAUUUUCAAUUGGAGAAGAAAUCAUCGUCGCUCCAAUCUUAAGCAACGGUACCUAUGAGAGAGAAGUUUAUUUGCCAGCUGGUGUUUGGAAGGACGGUAUAGAUGCAAGUUUAAGGAAAGGUUCAAGAUGGUUACAUUCGUAUAAAGUUAAUAUAAAUAAGAUAGCAUAUUUUAUCAAAAUGCCUGAUAAUACAAGGUUUUAAAGAGUUGAAGAAUAAAUAAUAUUCAUCCAAAAAUAUUUGAAUAAACAGCUAUAGUCAAAGAUGAUGUAUAUACAAAAUGUUAGUUUGUGAAAUGUGUUAAUCUUUGAAUACUUAGUUUUAUGAACAUAUAUUUAUUGAAAUGUGAGUAAAGUCUUUUUUGUUUAUGUUUGUUCCUGAUUUCUAAAUAGCACAUUCAAACUUUAGUAUACUCAUUAUUUUCUGGGCUGUAAAGAAUCUAUCUACUAAUGAAAUCAUUACGAAUGUCUCUGAAAAUUCAUGGCCUUUUUUUUUUAAUAUGAUUGUUUACAUCUGUAUGAGUCAAAAAGUUGAAAUGGAAAAUAAUUUAUGAGGGAUGAUUAAUUCGUACUAAAAUAUUUAAAAAAAAUUAUAAAAAAUAGGCACUAUCAAAUAUAAUAAUAAUUAUUUUUGUAGUUGGUUAUGUAUGUUUAAAUAAAAUCUUAAAAUAAAUAAAUAAAUAAAAAAAAAAUUAAAUAAUAAAAAAGGAAAAGAUAGUGAUAGUAAUAAAAUUAGUUUAAUUGAAAAAUAAAUAAACAUUUAUAAAAAAAAAGCCUAUGUUUAGAAAAUAUAUAAAUGAACUGAUAGGUAAAUAAAAUGAAAUAACUUACCCAACAAGAUUAAUUUAAAUAAAUUGACUUUUCAUAUGUCUUUAUUUCACUCAUAAAUAUAAUUUUUAAACAUAAAAGUAACAUUUUUUUGGAAAAGUUUCUAUUAAAUAUUUUGACUGCUGUGCAUCUUUAUGUGUGUUUGUAGUAUAUUAACUGAAAUGGUGCAAGUGAUUUUUGCUUUAAAUUUGUUUAUUUUUUCAUUUUUUAUUCUCACUUCAAAAUUAAGAUUACAGCAAUGGUAUUAAUGUGAUUACAUACGAUUUGUUACAUGUUAAUAUUUAUAACAUCCAUAUUGUAUUUAUUUGAUUUGUUAUUUUAAACAUGGUGGUUUAUUAAAUGAGUUUAGAAUUAUUAUAGACUGAUUUUUUUUUUUUUUAAGUUCUGAUUGAUUGGCCUUUUCCUAGUGUAAAUUGAUGCAUUCUGAUUCUGAUAAUAACAUUAUCCAACAAUUUUAAUUGAGGAAGAGACUUCUAAAAUUUAAAAAAAUAUUACUAUUUAAUUUUAAUUGUUUUUGUAAAGAUCUGAUACUAAAGUGGGAAAAAAACAUUAUAAAGAAUGAAACUGAAAAGAAAUUGUACAAAUCCAAACCAACCAAUUUUUUUAUUUUUUAAAAACAGAAUGCCUCAAUGUUAUUCUCAAACAUCAUGUACUAUUUGUAAUAUUUUUCAUGAAAUGUGCUUUAGUGAUGAGUAAGUCGUUAGUCCAUGAAGCUACUGUGAUAUUAGAUUGUUUUUGGUCAUAUUUUAGUUCAGUCAUCUGUACAAAUAAGUUUAGGUUAUAAUUAAAUUAGUUUUGUAAUAAGACUUGAAAUAAAAAUAGGAUAUAUUUGUUAUAAUUUUAUUCCAAAGCUUACAUUUUUUUUAAUAAGAUUAUUGAUUAUUUUUUUAAUUAAAUUUUUAAAUGGAAUUUCUUUAAAUGGAAAAGUUCUUCCACCACUUUAUUUAUAUGGAGAGGAUUUGGUAUAAAUAACACUAAAGCAGCUGAUGCAAUUUUCUUAUUUAUUGUAAAAGUAAUUAUGCUAUGAUUAAUACACUUAGGGGUAAGUUUGAAAAAUGUUGGGUUAUAUUGGAAAGAAGUUUGUUGACUUCGUUUCAUCAAUUUAGCAAUGAUAAAU